AUGCACCAACAACAAUCAAGUCGUCGUUCGAAAAGAACAACACGACAACAUGAACAUCUAAAUUCAUCCUCAGGUGAUUCAAGUGAUUCAUCAUUAUCUCGUGUUAUUAUUCAAAGUUCUCAACAAAUAAGUGAACAUCAAUUACCAUUAAAUAUUAAUUCAUUGUCAUCAACAUCGUUGAUGACAACUAAACAAUCAACAAUUGCUACACAAACAAAUACUCAGGAAAAUUUUCGCAAUCAAUCAUAUCAUUCAAAAUCUAUACCAUCAUUUGCUGAAACACAAAUUUUAUCUAUUUAUUAUCUUAAUCGUAAUAUAGCAAAUCAACCAAUUGGUAGUGCAAAUCGUGAUAGUUGUAUAUUUAUUGAACAGCAAGAACGUCAACCAAUUAGAUUUCGCGCAACUUAUGAUCGUUUAGCAACAACAAAAUCAACACAAACAUCACCAUUAUUAUCAUUAAAACAAUUAUCAACACAUGGUUCAACAUUAAUUAUUGAUUCAAAUCAACAAAUAUUUGAUACAAAUAAUCGUCUUUAUGAACAACGUUUAAAAAUACAUUCUGGUAGUCAACGUUUAUCUAAUAAUUCAUCAUUAAUUAAUCAAACUGAUAUACCACAAUCACCAAGUGAACUUGUUGAAGAAUCAAGAUAUUCAUACGAAGAAUAUAUUAUACACGUUGGUAAUAAUCAAGAACAAAAAAAAUUAACAUCUUCAUCAUCUCCAACAAGUACAUCAUCAAUAACAACAAUUAUUGCUCAACCAUUAUCUUCUCCACCACCACCACCAUUACCACCUUCAUCUGUACCAUUAAAAACAAUGAUUCAACCAGAAGAACUUGAUUCUGAUCGUACAUCACGUUUAAGUGGUGAUGAUAUAAAUACACAUUCAUCAGCUAGCAGUAUGUCCGGUUCAUUUACAAAUCAUGAUUGGUUAAUAACACCAACAAAUAUAUCUUCAACACCUAUAAAUAAUUCAUCUAUUGUAAAUACACGUCAACCAACAACAAAUGAAACAACACGUAUAUCAAGUUGGCCACCUGCACCACAUGAUAGUCCACCAAUUGAUACACAAUUUGAAACAUCAUUUAUUUUAGAUGACAGUGAUGAACAACGACGUCCAUCACGUGUUCAAUUUGCUGAACAAUUAGUACAUGUUAUACCACCAUCAGCUUCAAAUAGUCUUAGUGAAGAAUCUAGUAUUCCUAUACCACCACCACCACCACCUCCUUCUUCAACUGUUUCUGCACCUGCUGUAACACCUCGAACAACUACAAAUCGAACAUAUACAUCUCAACAAAAUCAACAAAAAUUUGAUAUAGAUUUAGAAGAAGAUGAUACAACAACAACAACUACAACAACAUCAAGCAAUAGAGAAACAAUACCUGGUCGUUUACAACGAACAAGUGGAUUAUCAAACCUUAAUGAAGUUAUGAUGACAAGACCAAAAGUCGUCCCACCAUCACCACCACAACUUCCUCCUCCUGCUCCUUCAUCAUCAUCAACAACAUCAGGUGUUGAUCCUCGUCUUGUUCGUGACCAAUUACAAAGACUUGAUUAUCAACUUGUUGUUGAUACUCGUCAUCCAAUAAAUCAAUCAAAAUGGGUUAAAGAUCAUAUGGAUACAUCUGAUAUUCAAAAAACAACAACAACAACAACAACAACAACAACACCAAUGUCUGGUCGUGUUGAUGCAUUACGUUCAUUAUUUGAACAACAAAGUGGUCGUUC